CAGCAGAAGGAAAAGCUAAGGAUCAGUUAGAUGUGCACGAAAGUCCAUGUCUUUUUUUCCCAUAUAAAGACAUGGAUUCCCUGAAUUCUACUCACAAACGCCUCCGGGUGCGUAGACUAAGGUUCAGGCCCCAUGGAAGGGGCACGAGGUUGGCAGAAGCGCUCGCGUGGGUUUGCAGGCUGGGCAGGGAAGCCCAGGGUUGGCACGCGGGGCUCUAGGUCAAGAGCAGAGCAGAGGCGCCUCCCCGGCCGGGCGUGCGGAGGGGUGACCCGCACGGCCCCUCCUCUCCCUUCCUCGUCCAGACCUUGCGCUUCAGGAGGAAGUUAAAGCACCCCGUGGCCCAGAGAGGAGCUCCAGUUCCGGGUGUCUGCUCCUGCGGCGUCCAAGAUGCGGCCUCUGAUCCUGCUGUGGGGCUGUCUGGUGCUCCCAGGUUAUGAAGCCCUGGAGGGCCCAAAGGAGAUCAGCGGGUUUGAAGGUGACACUGUGUCCCUGCAGUGCACCUACAGCGAAGAGCUGAGGGAGAACAGGAAAUACUGGUGCAAGGAGGGCUGGCUCCUCUUCUCCCAUUGCUCUGGCACUAUCUACACGGGAGCAGAUGGCCAGGAGACAACAGAGGGCAGGGUGUCCAUCCGCGACAGCCGCCAAGAGCUCCAGUUCACCGUGACCUUGAGGGACCUCACCCUGCGGGAUUCCGGGAAGUACCGGUGUGGAGUCCAAAGACUGGGCCCCGAUGAGACAUUCCUGGUCUCUCUGCUUGUCUCUCCAGCCCACAGCAUUGCCUACGACAUGGCCAUGUUGGCCUCGCUCCAGUUGCGGCCUCAGCUCCACACCUGGGCCUGCUCUUCCCCAGAUGUUGGAGUCCACGGACAGGUACUAGGAGUGCCUGGAAACCAGCUUCUGGAGGACAUGCAUUUUGCCUUUGAGGAGUCCCAACCUAGUGGGGAGAUCCAGUACACAAGUAACUACAGCAUAAUUGAGUAUUAG